CUCAGAGCGAGGUUUCUUUCUUCGUUUUUGGAGAAAGAGAAUCAGAGAAUUGAAGAAUUGGAGUAAUGUCGUACCUUCUACCACAUCUGCAUUCUGGUUGGGCGGUGGAUCAGGCCAUUCUCGCCGAAGAGGAACGCGUCGUCAUCAUCCGCUUCGGCCAUGAUUGGGACGACACGUGCAUGCAGAUGGAUGAAGUGUUGGCCUCAGUUGCAGAGACAAUUAAGAACUUUGCAGUAAUAUACCUUGUGGAUAUCACGGAGGUUCCUGAUUUCAACACAAUGUACGAACUCUAUGAUCCUUCCACUGUCAUGUUCUUCUUUAGGAACAAGCACAUAAUGAUUGAUCUUGGUACUGGAAACAACAAUAAGAUCAACUGGGCACUCAAGGAUAAGCAGGAGUUCAUUGAUAUCAUUGAAACCGUCUACCGGGGAGCAAGGAAAGGACGUGGUUUAGUCAUUGCACCCAAGGACUAUUCGACCAAGUAUCGCUACUAAGAUGUCGUGCAAGUUCUUGUCGUUGAUGUUAGAUUUAAGACAUUGCAUCUUAAAAACAUGUACUAUAUAACAUUGACCCUGCUGAGGAUAAAGGUUAAGGUUUGUUUUCGAUGUCAGUUUGUGUUAUGACUUGUCAAAACAUUGAAUCAUUGAUGAAGCCAUUUUAUUAUGGUAUGAAAAGGUUGAAGAAGUUGUUUUCUUGUCUU